CCUCAACGUCAUGUGAUCUCUCUCUGUGUUGUUUGCUAACAGCACCGUAAACAGGAACGGGGAAGUGCUGAGAAAUAUCUUUUUACUCUCGCUAAAUAAUGAGUUUUUCUUAACCAUGUUUGAGAGUAGUUCUUUUUGUUUACCUAACUACUGUUGAUUUGUUUAUAUCUUUGAACGCUUCAAGCUGCGAAUGUCCUGGGAAGCAGCUGUUUAGCGCCGAUCCUUGCGCUUUAAGAUGAACGCGCUGGUGGCUCUGUGUCAUUUCUGUGAGCUCCAUGGCCCCCGAACGCUGUUCUGCACCGAAGCCCUACACCCUCCGUCCCCAGACCCUUCGUCUCAGGUGGGGACUCCAGUUCCAGGGGACAGGGAUGGUGACCGGGAGGGUGAAGGCCUGACUAUGAGGGCCAACAGCUCUGCUACACAGAGAGGAGAGAUGUGUGAGGGUUGUCGGUCUCUGCCUGCAUCUCAUCCUGGCUUUGUAAGCAUCGACGAUGAAACGGGGAUCCGCUUCUUGAGUCAUCAGCAUCCCAGGCAGCCCCAACUUUUCAGCGUGGUCAGGCAGGCCUGUGUACGCAGUCUCAGCUGUGAGGUGUGUCCAGGGCGUGAAGGGCCAAUUUUUUUCGGCGACGAGCAGCAUGGGUUUGUGUUCUCGCACACCUUCUUUAUCAAAGACAGCCUGGCCAGGGGUUUUCAGCGGUGGUACAGUAUUGUUUUGGUGGCCAUGGACAGGAUCUACCUUAUCAACUCCUGGCCUUUCUUGUUACGCCACCUCAAGCUCACCAUACAUAGUCUGCAAAGCACAGCUUUAAAGGUGUUUGACAGUGAACAAGGAGUUUGUCCCCAGAGGGCUCUGAGGAUGAACAGUGUAUUCUCCCCUGCAGUUUUUCCCCACCAAAGGAGUGGCAAUGCGGCUCGGUCACUAACCUCCCUGACCCAGCACCCCAACCUCUGGGCCAGUCUGCACUGCUCUUUUAGCUGGUUGCUGAAGGCUAGUGGUAGUCGGCUAACAGAGAAGCUCCUUGAAGGGGCCCCCACAGAGGACACACUGGUGCUUAUAGAGAGACAAACAGAGCAAGAGGAGGAAAUUAGCUGCUGGGAAGGAGCAGAAGGAGGCGGGUCAAAGUCGCAGCUGCUCCAACCAGAGCGCGAACUGGGCCUCGACUUCCUGCGCGAAGCUUCAAAAUUAGACGAUUUACCUGGUCCAAAAUUUAAAUCGCUGAGACAUUUGAGACAGGUCCUCGGGGUGAAUGACUUUCGACAGCUAGCAUGGCACGUGCUCAUGGGAAAUCAGGUCAUUUGGAGAAGUGCAGACCCUGGACUCAUCCAGUCAGCAUUUACUGUGCUAAAGUCUCUGCUGCCAGUGGGCUGUGUGCGCUCUGUGCCGUACAGCGCUCAGUACGAAGAGGCCUACAAAUGCAACUUCCUGGGCCUCAGCCCCGAUGUUCCUAUCCCGGCUCACGUUAGCUCGUCAGAGUUCUCAGUGCUGGUGGACGUCAUUUUGAAGAACUGUCAGGGUGUAGCUGCAGGGGAAGAUGAAAUCUGCGCACGUUAUCAGUUCGCCAUCAGCAGCGCCAACACACAGCCGACGGACAGAGGCCCGACGUUGCUGAACAAACUGGAGGUGGCCCUGUCCAACGAGAACUUGUCUGUGGAUGUCGUGUCUCACUGCCUGCUGUGCUUGAAGGAGGAGUGGAUGAACAAAGUCAAAGUGCUGUUCAAAUUCUCCAAAGUCGACGGCCGCGGGAGGGAGGACACCCAGAAGGUUCUGGCCCUGCUCGGUGCCACGGGGCCCGGCGAGGAAGACAACGUCAGGCUGUUGAAGUACUGGAUGACCGGACUGAGCAAAACUUAUAAGAGUCAUUUAAUGACAGCUGUGCGAGGAGGGGAGAGGAGCCCCAGCCAGUGAUAAAAAAAAAAAGGAGGAGGAGGAGGAGGUGGGACAUCUGGAGAAAAGAAAAGUGACAGCAAUAAUAUCUAAAUGCUAAACGAAGCAAGAGGGAGUCUUUUCAUGGGUGGGUUUGUUAACUGUGUGGAUUCCGUGUUGAGUGAAGGAGCACUGUGAAUGGAUGACAGGAGUGAUUUUGCUCAUCCUUUAUUGUCUUUUUAAGCAAUGAGAAAUCUAUUGUGUAUUCGGUUCAGAUGAUUGUCCUGCACAGAGCAACGCACGGAGUAGUUUUCGACGAAGCUGGCGGGCUUUUUUUUUUUGUUGGUUAAAGGGAAUUUUUGUUAUCAACCUGCUCUGUAAAGUUUAACUUAUUACUAAAAGCGUUUGCACUUUAUUAACGCCGAUCCCCUCCUGAAGAAAUAAACUUACCAGUCGGACGCUC